AUGGGCAACUGUUUUGUUCUCUCCAAGCAGGAGAAAGUUUUGAGGGUUGUGAAGACAGAUGGGAAAGUUUUAGAAUUCAGGGCACCAACUUUUGUUAAGGACAUGUUGAUGAACUUUUCGGGCUCUGGUAUUAGUGUAUCAAAGCAAGCCUCAGAGCUUCUCCCUCCUAAUUACAAACUGAAGCUUGGGAAGGUUUACUAUAUGAUUCCUCUUCUGGGUUCUGUUGCAAGUGAUGCGAUCAGUGCAGGUAUUAUUUCAUAUGUGGAUGUUACAGAAAAGGACAGGGGCUGCUACAAGAAGGAUUAA